CUCUGGGACCACCUUACUCGCUGGCUGCAACCAGGGGAUCGUACCAAACAACAGUUGAUGGAGUCGGUGGCUAUCGACCAGUUCUUGUCUGUGCUAGAUCCAGGGACCCGGGACUGGGUGGCCAGGAACACCCCAAACACCAUGGAGCGAGCAGUGGAACUGGCGGAGGCGUAUGAAGAUGCAGCCCUUCGACAGGACCCCAGCCCAGCUCCCGUGAAACCGAAGGCCCCGACUCCAGCCCCUCGUUUCCCACCGAAGCCGGUGGCUUCCAUCGACCCAUCGGGCGCCUCGCCUCCAAAGUGGAGAAUGAGGUUAGCCCCCAGCUGGGCCAGAUCCACUCCCUGGAACCCACCAAGUGGUGGGGUAGGGAACAAGCAGCCGGCGUCGGUAGCGCCACCCCCUCUCAUCUGCUUCCGGUGUCACGAGGCUGGACAUAUUGCCAGGAUGUGUCCCGCUGCCAUGGAAUGUGAUGUGGCCUCUCGCUAUCCAGCUGCACCGGAGGACCCCUGAACAGGCGGCUGCCUGCGUCCCGACUACCUUCUUCCUUCCUGGAGCGUAUGUUUGGAAGUAUCCGGAAGUCUAAUUCUGAGUGCUGAAGUACGCUGCAGCUAGUGUGAGAAGGAGCCAACUGCAGACACAGCGCCACCACCACUAACGUGGCCGUCUAGAGAACGGCAGCUACUCUCCUUUGGAGCACUACUUAAUUAUUGUGUGGGACUGGUUUAUUUGCUCUUUUUAUUUUUAACCCGGUUUUACCAUAGUUGGUACUACCGGGGGUUGUUGUGUUUGUUUUGCAAUACCUGGUACUCUGCCUGGGUACCGACUGUGGUUU